CAUGUUUUGCAGCAAACGCGCCUUACUUUCAGCAGUCACCACGACCACACGAGCGUGGAUGUUGUGGUGCGGCCCCGCUCGUCCCUCAGCACCGCUCCCUCAGCACCGCUCCCUCAGCGCUCCCUCAGCACCGCUCCCUCAGCGCUCCCUCAGCACCGCUCCCUCAGCACCGCUCCCUCAGCACCGCUCCCUCAGCACCGCUCCCUCAGCGAUCCCUCAGCGCCGCUCCCUCAGCCCGGGCCGCCCCUCAGGGCUCUCCGGGGCCGUUGGCAGGGCGGGGCCACUGGCGGGGCGUGGCCGCUCGCGCUCGGCGCUGACGCGGGGGCGGGGCGGUGCCGGCGGGGCGGGGCGGGGCGGGCGCUUUAGCGCGGGGCCGGGCGGCGGGGCCGCACUCGGCCGGGCCGCGGCAGCGCUGCCGGCCCCGGGGGAAUGCGCUGGGGCCAUGGCCCCGCCGGCCGGCGCCAGGCUCGUCCCGCGCGCUGCGGGGAGCCCCUUCCUCGGCCUCCUCCUCCUCCUGCUGCUGCUGCUGCCGCUGCCGUGCCCCGGCGGGGGAGCGCCGCGCCGCCGGCCCGCGGGGCCGCCCGUGGUGCUGGUUCCAGGCGACUUAGGUAAUCAGUUGGAAGCGAAGUUAGAUAAGCCAUCAGUAGUGCACUAUCUCUGCUCUAAGAAGACAGACAGUUAUUUUACACUCUGGCUGAAUCUGGAAUUGCUUCUGCCUGUCAUCAUUGAUUGCUGGAUUGAUAAUAUCAGGCUGGUGUAUAAUCGAACAAGUAAGAUUACAGAACCACCAGAUGGAGUGGAUAUCAGAGUCCCAGGAUUUGGGCAGACGUUUUCCUUGGAAUUUCUUGACCCGAGUAAAAGGAGCGUUGGAAGUUACUUUUAUAUGCUGGUGCAGAGUUUAGUAGACUGGGGCUACAAACGUGAUGAAGAUGUAAGAGGAGCACCUUAUGACUGGCGAAAGGCACCAAAUGAGAAUGGAGACUAUUUUGUGGCACUUCGCAAGAUGAUCGAGUUAAUGUAUGAGCAGUAUGGAAGUCCUGUUGUCUUAAUUGCCCACAGUAUGGGUAAUAUGUACACCCUGUACUUCCUCAACCAGCAGACUCAGGAUUGGAAGGACAAGUACAUCAAGGAUUAUGUGUCCCUGGGUGCUCCCUGGGGAGGGGUGGCUAAAACUCUCCGUGUGCUGGCCUCAGGUGACAACAACAGGAUCCCCGUUAUCAGUUCACUCAAGAUCAGAGACCAGCAGAGAUCGGCAGUUUCCACAAACUGGAUGCUCCCCUACAACUACACGUGGCCUCCAGACAAGGUGUUCGUGAGCACCCCCACGGCCAACUACACCCUGCGGGAUUACGGGCGGUUCUACCGCGACAUCGGCUUCGAGGACGGCUGGCUGAUGCGGCAGGACACCGAGCCGCUGCUGUUCCGCAUGGCCCCGCCGGGCGUGCGCAUCCACUGCCUCUACGGCACCGGCGUGGACACCCCCGACUCCUUCCACUACGAGAGCUUCCCCGACAGGGAGCCGCGCAUCCUCUACAGCGACGGCGACGGCACGGUGAACCUGCAGAGCGCCCUGCAGUGCCGCCGCUGGCUGCGCAGGCAGAAACAGCCCGUGCUGCUCUUCGAGCUGCCGGGCAACGAGCACAUCGCAAUGCUCUCCAACGACACCACCAUCGCCUACGUGAAGAAGCUGCUUUUUGAGCUGUGAUAACCUUGUGUACAGAGUUAUUUUCCUCACCUGGGAUGCCUUCCCUUAAAUAUGGGAAAAUGCCUUUUAAUCCCCUGAUAUUUAGAUAUUUGAAUUAUUUAUUUUUCUUUUUUUAAAGGUUGUGUUCAAGAAGUUGUUUGAUGUCCUAAAUGUUGUUUGUCUCUGAUUUGUGUUUAUGAUGCUUCAUGGUAUUUUCACGUUCUGCAAAUUUGAUCAAAUAUGCAUUUUGGUGCCUGUGGUGUUGUCCAAUGUUCACACAGACUUUCGUGCAGAGACUGUGCAGCCCCUCACAUACUACAUGGAACCAUGGAUACUGGAGUGCUUUGUGUGGUCUGUGCAGGUUUGGAGCGGGAGGGUUAGGAAGGAUUGCACUUUUGGAUGCCCAUAAGACAAGGGAAUGAUAUUAACAAUUUGGAAAGCACAGAAAACUUUUUGAAGGGUCUUGCAUGUUCUGAUCCCCAGUUCCCAGUACCUUAGUUUGUAAAUGCACAUGUCUACGAGGUAAGACAGGGAACAGGCCUGCCUGGAACUGUGUUACUGUUGUUGAAAUCCAGCUUUCUUUUGCUACAGCUUUUGGGGAAAAAUGAUAAUGUGGGAAUUACUUGAAGCUUCUUUAUUAGCUGUCCUUCUGGGUUUUUUAAAAAGAAAUCGUUUGCUCAUCAACUUGUAGAACCCUGAUUACAUACAGUCUGGAGUCUGAGGAAUUCUCACCCUGUGCUUUAUUUAUCAGUGAGGGAAUGAUGCUAAACUGGUUGGUGCCUAUAAUAACUGUAGCUGUGUGGAGUAGCACAUAAAUCAAAGCUGAUUGAAUACUGGCAAGCAAUCUAUACAGUAUGGAAUUACAUUUCUGGGUGAAAAAUGAUCUCCUGUAGUGGAGAUGGUAAUGGAUGGUGGGCAGGAUUUCAAAGAGAAGUGAACUUCCUGAAGUGGGGUGGGGAAUGGAAGCCAGCAUGAUGCCACAUGGAGUAUAAACCUUGCUCUCAGUCAAAUACUUCAUCUCUGACCCCGCUACUGAUCAAGCAGCAAUUGGAUCAACAUUGCACUCCACUGAAAAGAAUGUUUUUUGGCUUAAGACUAAAAGUAAUUUCCCAUUAUUUUCAUUAUUGCUGUUUCAAGAAGUUGGAAUAUGCUGUUCCUUAAAUGUUUCUAUAAAUUGCUGAACAUGCAAAUCUGUUAAUUUCCUACAGUAUUGUUUUACUCAAUGUUAAAAAAGAAUAAUUUCAACUCUGACAUGCACAGAAGUGCUGGCCUAAGGGCCAUCAUAUUUACAACCUUGAUUACAGAAGUCCUGUUGGAGAAAUAGUGUCACCCAGAGAUUCUCUUUUGCUUGCUUUAAAACCAGUCAUCCAGUUAGACUGCACUUAGUUUUCUGAAAAUGCAAUUUAGAAUGCUUUCAAAAUGCUAGGUUCUCCAAGAAAAGUGUUUUAAUAGUUUCAGAAACUCAUCAAAUUAUUAAGGGUUUACUACUUAAGAAACUGAAGUUGUCUAAAGGGUCAAGUUUUAACUAAUAGCAUGCAUAAAAUGUUUGCUGCCAUUGGACAUAUCAGUAGGACAUGUUGAAAUGAUGGGCUUGAACUCUUGUUAUUGUAGAAUGGAAACAUUUUGGCAGGUUUAAGGUAGGUUUAAGGCUUUAAGUUUUAAUUCAGAAAUCUCUAAAUGCAGAACAACUUGAACUAAGGUCAUCAACAAGCUAAAUGUCUUCCUAGGUAUUAACUUCCCUAUGUAGCUUUAUUUUCCCCCUGUCCCACCCUGCCCACGUUUUUUCCUUUACUUAUGUUGAAGGAGUAUACACAUUUUCCUGAUUUCUAAAAUGGAACAAUAAUCUUACCCUCAGUUGUCCAGGAACCUACAGUUCAGCGUAAUAUUGCCUAGACUUUUCCAGAGUAACUCCAAACCAAAAAAAACCCACAAGAAGAAAAUAAAAAAAGAAACCCCACAAAACAAUGUCUGUUAGCCAGGUGAUCUAUUGUAUGCAGGGCUGUCAGCUGGAUAAGCUUCAGACUUGUGUUCCAAGACUGCUCAAAGAUGAUGAAGCUCCUCCUUGGUCUGACUCAAUUUUUGAAUAAAUUGUUAUACUACUGGUUUGCAACUGAAAAAGUGAAGGGAAACAGCUCAUUGCAGUCUGUGUUUCUUGCUGAAGUAGAAUGCCUGUUACUAAGCACUGGAAUGAGUGGAGCUGGAGGCUGGACUGCAGGAUACCAGUGUGGGCGUCAAGGGAUGAAAAAAUGAGAAAACAACAUAAGUAAAUGAUUCUUAACCUGAUUUGAAGAAUGUUUCUAAGCUUCAUUUAGAUCGUUACCUACUCAGUAGCAUUUUCAGUCUCACAGCAAGAAUUUAGCUUCAGGGUUUUUUUGUGAUUUGAAGUUCCAAAAUACGCGAUUCAAAAAGAUGCUUGUUCUUUUUAUUUUCUUUUCUUUGGUAGUUUUUUAAUACUACUUUUUGUGACUGAAAAGAAAAAAAAAAGCACAACUCUUAUUCUAAUUUUGGCAAUCUAGUACUGUGUUUCUGAGAUCAGUUGACUGUAUCUUUUAACAUAAAGAUUUAUAAAUCAGCUUUCCAUUAGUAGACAAGUCCUUGAGUGUCUCCAUAAAUAAACUUGUGUUAGUUGAUAAGGUAAAAUGAAGCUGAAACUUUUUCAAGGCAUUUGUUUGUGCUGCUGUUUGUCACUGUAAAGCCUUGUUGUAGGGGAAUGUGUGUGCCUGAGUCCUGUGGGAGCACACACAGUGCUUCUGGUGGGACUUGGCUUGGAUGUGGUGCAUCUGCAGGCUGUAGCUUUAUGGCCAGAAGGUGGAAUUCCUUUUUCUACCAAAUCAUCAUCAGCCCUUUUGUUGGCAGUUCCUUGCAUGUUAGGAUGCAGUUCUCAUUGGAAGUGAAGCAUUAUUCCUGGCUGUGUGUUGGGAAUGCUCCCUCACCGUGGGGAGAGCAGUGUGUCUGUCACAGCCCUGCCAGGGGCACUGGAGCAGUCGAGAUUCCUGGGGGGAAAGCUCUGAAGAAAUAAAUCUUUAGGGAGAAUGUGGCACUUUCAGAAGAGGAUUAACUCAGGUGCUUUACCAAGCUGCACAGUUGACAUGUUUGAAUUUACUGAAGUACCUUUGUUAUACCUAAUGCACUAAUUAUGUCUCCAUAAUUUUUGCUUUGUUUUAUUCAUCCAGGAUGUUUUCAGAAACCAAAACUAGUCUUGAGGACCAAAUGUGUUUCUUAUUUUUGACAACACGUAUCAAAAAUGCUGAUGAAGCUUUCAGCUGUCGUUUUAAUACUUCUGAAGAGGUUCAGAGUCACUGUGUGAUUCUGUAUAAAAACAGAAGACUUCAAUAACUAGCAAUAAUUGCAAAGGAUUUGCAGACCAAAGGAAGGAAUGUUUGGUAUUAAGGUAGUUCUUGGAGCACAGUGUGUUCAAGGCCCUCUUAAAUUCAGGGAAUGUUUGGCAAUGACUUUGCUACACUAACCAGUAUUUUGUAUGGAACACAUUCUGAGACCUGGCAUUUUAUAUGUUCCUGUGUAUGAAUGCGUUCAAUAGAUUUGGAAUAUUUUAUUGUCAAAUUUGAUAAUAUAAAUAAAGUUGAUCUAAUACA